CAUUCGCGACCUAAAAAAAACCCUAAGAGAGAGAAAGAGAGAGAUUGCAUUGAGUUUUCAGAAGGCGGAGAUAACAGAGAGAACAAUGGCGGCUACGGUGAGUAACGUUUGGGCAAAACCAGGCGCUUGGGCGCUUGAUUCAGAAGAAAACGAAGCUGAACUUGAACAACAACACAAAGAAGAGAUCGCUAAGAAAGCCGAUAUCAAGUUGAAUGGCGGCGGCGCCGACCUAAGCGACUUCCCAUCCCUUUCUUCCGCUGCAGUUACCAAAACGAAGAAGAAGAAACCACAGGCCUUAUCCCUAAGUGAAUUUGCUAAUUUUUCAUCUGCAAAGCCUGUUCAAAAAGGUCCUACUUUUCAAGAUCUCGCUUCGCUUCCUACCGGUCCAAGGGAGCGGACUGCUGAGGAACUUGACCGAUCUAGGCUUGGAGGUGGAUUUAGAUCUUAUGGUGGUUAUGGGAACAGGAAUUCUGAAGGGGGCGAUGAUUCUUCUAAUUCCAGGUGGGGUUCGAAUAGGGUUUCUGAUGAUUCGCGGCGUCAGGGUGGGUUUGGUAGGGAGUCUAAUAGGGAUAUGGCUCCUUCUCGCGCGGAUGAGACUGAUGAUUGGGGAGCGACGAAGAGGACCAUGCCGAAUUCUGGUUUUGAUAGGAGGGAGAGGGGAGAUAGAGGGGGUUUCUUUGGAUCAGAAUCGAAAGCUGAUGAAUCUGACAGUUGGGUUUCUAAUAAGAGCUUUUCUUCCUCGGAGGGACGUAGAUUUGAAGGUCAGAGAGAGAGACGAGGUGGAUUUGAGUCGAAUGGUGGUUCUGAAUCCGAUAAUUGGAUGAAGAAGAAGGAGGAGGAAGGCAGGAGAUAUAGCGGUGGUGGUAGCGGUGGAGGUGGGGCUUUCGACAGUAUUAGAGAUAGGCGAGGUGGAUUUGAACCUGAUUCGGAAACUUGGGGAAGAAAGAGGGAGGAAGGAGGAAGUGGAAGUGGUGGAAGUGUUAGACCGAAGCUUAAUUUGCAGCCAAGAACACUGCCCGUGAAUGAUAACCAGCAUGAUGGUCCAGCAGCAGCUCCAACUAAGCCAAAGGGUUCUAAUCCAUUUGGAGAAGCAAGGCCAAGAGAAGAGGUUUUGAAGGAAAAGGGUCAGGAUUGGAAGGAGAUGGAAGAGAAACUUGAUUCUUUGAAAAUCAAAGAGACUGGUUCAGGAAAAGAUUUUGGAAGGAGGAACUUUGGGAAUGGAAAUUCAUCGGAAGCAAGGACUGAAAGGGAAUGGAGGAAGCCAGGACAUGGUGAUGCAACUCCACCAAGUGGUGAGGAAACUGGCAAUGAGAAUGCUGAAGCUGCUGGAGUUCAAGAUGAGGUAGCAGGUAAUGCUGAAGAUUGAAGAAAGAAGGUAACUUGGCAUCAACUCGAUGAGAAUUAUUAUCAGAUUAUCUAAUAGGUUCGUCUAUACACUUUGUUAUUUUAAUUUGUUGUGUGAUUUUGAUCCAUUGAAGUCAAUUUUUGGUAGACAUGUCAUUAGUGGUGGAAUUGGAUUGAAUUGGAUUGGAUUAAUCUAGGGCCAAGAUUGGCUCAUAUACACUUUUUUAUUUUUAUUUUCUGAAUUGUGUUGUGGUUUUCUGAUUUCUUGUUUGUUGAAAAUGAUGAUAUUUGAGGUAGAGGAGAUAAUUUGAUUCAUUAUUAUUGAUAAGAAUUGUG